AUGCGUGAUCCAGAAGAUAAACCUUUUAGGGGAAAGGUCAUUAUUUUUGGUGGUGAUUUCCGUCAGAUACUUCCUGUUAUUGUUGGUGCUGGUCGAGAACAAAUUGUUAACUCAUCGCUUAACUCAUCUUACCUUUGGAAUCAGUGUAAAGUGUUAAGGCUAACAAGAAAUAUGAGGUUGCUGCAAAAGAUAACUCCAAAUGAAGCCAGGGAGAUUGAAGAGUUCUCAAAAUGGAUUCUUGAUGUUGCAGAAGGAAGACUUAAUGAGCCAAAUGAUGGAGUUGUUGAUAUUGACAUCCCAGAAGAAUUGCUUAUCACAGAAGUAAACUCUCCAAUUGAAUCGAUCGUUAAUGCAAUGUAUGGUGAGGAAAGGGUUUACUUAAGUUCAUAUAGUAUUGAUCCUGCAGAUAAAAAGAAUAAAGACAAUCCUGCAUAUAGCUCGGAUUUACUAAACUCAGUUAGGAUUUCAGGAGUGCCAAACCAUGCUCUUCGUUUGAAAAUCGGUUGUCCAGUAAUGUUGUUACGCAAUAUUGAUGCUCAUGGAGGUCUAAUGAAUGGUACAAGACUACAGAUUACACAAAUGGCUGAUCAUGUUAUACAAGCAAGAAUCAUCACAGGUACGAGAGUUGGUAAAAUUGUUCUUUUACCAAGGAUGGUAUUAAUACCAUCAAAUACCCGUUUGCCUUUCAAAAUGAGACGUAGACAAUUUCCGAUAAACGUUGCUUUUGCAAUAACUAUCAACAAAAGUCAAGGUCAGUCUCUGUCAAAUGUUGGUUUAUACUUUCCUAGACCGGUUUUCUCUCAUGGCCAGCUAUAUGUAGCCAUGUCCCGUGUAAGCAGUAAAUCAGGAUUGAAAAUUCUCAUUACUGACCCAAAAGGAAAACCUGAAAAGAAGACAAGGAAUGUCGUCUUCAAAGAAGUUUUCCAAAACAUUUGA